UGGUGUUCCCUCUUUUUUUCUACAACUUUUGCUUUCUCUUCCCUCCCAUUUCUCUCUCUCUCUCUCUCUCUCUCUCUCUCUCUCUCUCUCUUUGUUUUCUUUUUUGUUUUCCCUCGCUGGAUCUCUGACCUAAUCGUCUGAUUACCAAUCACCACCACCACCACCACCACCUUCUCCCCUCUGCCUCCCACUUAACAUAAUUCAACUCCUCCUGAUCCCUAGCUAGCUAGUUGGCCUUCAUUUCUUUUCUCAGUAUUUCCAUACACAUACAGAUCUAGCUAGCUAGUUAGUGGUCACCAUCAACUACUAGGUUACCAUUUGUAGCUAAGCUGGUGUUAUAGAUCGGACUGAGAGAGAAGAUGAAUAGUGGUGGUGGUGCAGCAGCAGGAGCUAACAACAACAACAACAUGACGGUGUCAGGAGGAGGAGGAGGAGGGCAGUUUGGAGACACAACAUACACAAAAGUGUUUGUAGGGGGAUUGGCAUGGGAGACACACAAGGAGACUAUGAAGAAAUACUUUGAACAGUUUGGUGACAUCUUGGAGGCUGUUGUCAUCACUGAUAAAUCCACUGGAAGAUCCAAAGGCUAUGGAUUUGUGACAUUUCGUGAAGCAGAAGCGGCGACGAAAGCUUGCGUGGAUGCAGCUCCAGUAAUUGAUGGGAGGAGGGCCAAUUGCAAUCUUGCUUCCUUGGGUGUUCAAAGAUCUAAGCCUUCUACCCCUAAACAUGGCGGAGGAGGAGGAGGAGGAGGAGGAGGGAGGAAUAUUAGGGUGAUGACCGGUGGAUAUCAGGCUGGAGGAGGAGGAGGAUUUGGAGGUAGUGGUGGUGGAGUAAUUGGGGGAACAGCUUUUGCUUCAGCAGCAGCAGCAACAAAUUUCCCUCAUUAUGCCAUCCAGCAAGGCAUACCUUAUAGUAAUGUCUACGGGUACUCUCCGUACUCACCAGACUACACCUAUCCCACGAGUUACUAUAGCGUGUAUGGAGGAGCUGCUUCACAAUAUCCGGUUUACGGAGGUGGGGCUGGUGGGAUGAUGACAAGCACAGCAGCAGCAGCUGCGGCCGCUGCCGCCUUCUACCCGUAUCUGAAUUACUUUGGAGAAGCUGGGAGUACCGCCGCUGGGCAGGGGUACACCGGUAUGCAGUACCCACAGCAGCACCAUCACGGCCACCACCACCUCUUCCAGUAUUCUGCCAUCAACUCCACUGGGGGAUACCCACAUCACUAUGCUGCUGCUGCUCCUAUCUCUCUUGCAUCCACUCCUCCUUUGCAAUCAGUUUGUUUUGCUGUGCCACAGGCGUGACCAUGGCUCUCCGCGCACCACCAAUCCCUCAUCGUUAAUUAAGAGAUUCACUCAGUUGAGCCCCCUGCAGCCUACAGCUACUUCAUCUCUCAAAGCUAUAUAUCUAUGAUAUAGCUCUCCUUCACAAAGGAUCUCAAAUACCUUUGGCCUAACCAUGGUUCUCUCUCUCUCCCUCCCUCCCUCCCUCCCUCCCUCUCAUGGUGGUCCACAUUUGUGCAUUCCCACACAUGGAAGCUCCUCAUAGGGGCAAAAAUGUUUGGAAAAGUUUUCAUCUCUUUCCACACUGCUUCUCUUGCAAAGGAAAAGGCUUCCUACAAGAGACCCCAAAAGCAUGUGCAUAGGCAUCAUGUUGUUACCAAUUUCAAGCUCUGCCAAAGCAAAGCUUAGUUGGUCUCACAUAAUACCUCUCUAACUUUGGCCUCUGGAAAGGCUAAUCAAAUCAAAGCACACAAUUUCAAAAAAGUUAGCCCCUGGAAAAGGCUCACUGAUCAAUAAUGUAAAUUCAACAAGAAAUGAGAGACAAGUCCUUCUCAGCUUCACAAAUGUUGAUUUUGAAAUGCCUUGUCCUUCCCUCCAACUUUAGGUAACCUCCUCUUGAUGCAGAGGCACUUUUAGUAUAUAUAUCAUGGAGAGGGCAUGGGAAAUGCCCAAUCUUUUCCUUUUUCUUUCUUCCUUUUUUCGGUUCUUUCGGCAUUAACCCUAGUCUUAGGAUUUUUGAACUGUGACUGGUAAUGUCUAUUAAAAAGCUUUACCAAUUCCACUUUUUAAAUCUCACAUAAUCUGUGUCUAACCUACUAAUUAACGCAUCUUCCCCCAGGGUAGGGGAAGCAAUUAGCUAGUUGUAUUGUCUUUUGUAAAUUCAUUGUGGGCCAAACUUUGGGAGUUUUAGCCCCAAUUGAAGUAGGAUUAUAGGAUGGGUAGUGUUAGCUUUCUUGCAUUUAGCUUUUACCAUAUUUUUUUUAAGAGCUCCAUUAAUGGCUAUGGAGCUCCAUUGCAUAAGGAGGUAACCCAAGGGAGAUUAUUUUGGGACUCUUGGCUUCAUCUCCUCUAACCCCACAUCAACCAUGGUUAGGACUCAGGUGAUCCUCAUCUCUCUCUCUCUCUCUCUCUCUCUCUCUCUCUCUCUCUCUCUCUCUCUCUCUCUCUCUCUCUCUCAAACUCUUUUACUAUGAGAUGGAACUUCAUAAUCUCUAUAUGUAUAAGGUCUACCUAUGGUUUGAACUUUGGAUUGUAACUAAGGAUCGAUGCUCUACUUAGAAGAAGACUCAUUCUCCAAUAUCCAUGUGGAUUGAGAAUGGAAAUCUACUGCUGUUAUAUUACUAUUUUUUAUUUUUGGAUCGGCUGCUGUUAUGUUAUUAUUAUGCCAGAAUAACUUAGAUACUA